UCUUCUGACGGAUUUGAAGUGGAUGAUUGGUGUGAUAAUGCUGACGACUGGGAAGAUGAUAAUGAUUUUUCCACAAUCUUGGAGCAAUGUACUGGAAAAUUAACACUCUCUGAUGACAAACCAGAAGAGGCAGACCAUAAGAUAGCUGGACAUUUUUACCCAAGUCAGCCACACUCAGAAAUGACAUCAGCAUCCAUUCCUCAUUUUGCAUCAAUGUUCAUUAGCGUUGUGGAAGCUCCAGACCCAAAAGCCAUAUCCACUGAGAUGACAAAACAUGAGAAAGCUCUGUUAUCUGAAUAUCAGCUGCGUGAAGGAGGCCAUGUUUUAGAUGCCUUGGAAACAGGGGAGGGUCCCAAGGAGUGGACUGGGGAGAAGUAUGAAACUGCAACAGUGAAACAUGGUGAUAAGGCAUUUCACAAGUUUAACAAACAGUUACAUGCAUUUCCACAACAGUGCAUGAG